AUGUGCUACUCCAUAAUUAAUAAUAAACAUUCGGGAACAGUUACUCUUGCAUCCUUUCCCGAUGAUAUUCUUUAUAUUAUUAGCAAAGACUUGGACUUUCUUUCAAUUUUAGCACUUCGUUCAACGUGCAGAAUGAUUUACCUAUCAUUUUCGAAUGAGGUUACAUUCUCUCACGUGUCUAUUCCAUCAAUUUCACAUGAUCAAUUUGUCAAAAUAUUUUCUCAUCUUAAAUCAACUCAUAAACUUUCAUUCAUUCGUAAAUUCACUUUUAACGAUCCAAAAAUAAAAGCUGAAGACGUAAUUUCUAUAUUAGAAAAUUGUGAAAAUCUUCAAUAUUUAUACAUUUUAGGAUGUAAAGAAGUUAAAUUAUUACCAAUAACAACUGCUAUGAAGAAUUGGUAUCAAGAAUCUGAAAUUUAUGAAAAAGGUGUUCUCAUAUCAAAAAAACGAAAAUUACAAAAAUUAAAGAAAAUUGUUAUGACAAGAUGUAUUGGUGGUAAAAGGCAUUCAUUAUUGAUAAAAAAAGUUUUAGAAGAUAUACAACUUUUAAAAUAUCAUCAACAACAACAUGAAGAAUUUUGUAAUGUCAAACGAUAUAUGAGAAGUAUCAAUCUGUGUCAUGAAAAUCAAAUUAACUCUCACGAUACGUCAUUAUUUAUCAACACAAAUAACACUUUUAAAAAUCAAAUAAAUUAUGGUAAAAAAGAUGAUACAAAUGAUGGAAUAUUCCAGUUUCGUUCAUGUUCGGAUCUUUCAUGCGAACCUUGUAUUCUUAAAUGCGCUGGAUGUGGUACAAAAUAUAAAUAUUGGGACGAAUUUUGGAUAAAAUGUGGUUGGUGUAAAGAUAGACAUUUUUGUGGUGAUUGUGUAAUGGAAGCCUCAAAAAAAAAUGUUUUUAAAACUUAUACUUUUCAAUUUAUGAAGAUAAAAUUAUGUCAAUUGUUUGAUUUACCUUGUCCUUAUUAG